CUAAGACCAAGCAAGCUAGCUCAUCACUCCCACAAGUUCCUAUCACUCAUCUUCUUUCUUUCUUUCUUUCUUUCUCUUCAUCAAUGGCAGUUCCAACACCAUUCUCAAUCCCCUUUCUCCUACUCUUCUUGCCAACCUUUUGUGUUCAUCUAGCUUUUGGUGACUAUGGAGGAUGGCAAACUGCUCAUGCUACUUUCUAUGGUGGUUCUGAUGCUUCUGGCACAAUGGGGGGAGCUUGCGGAUAUGGCAACUUGUAUAGGACAGGCUAUGGCACCAACAUUGCAGCAUUAAGCACUGCCCUCUUCAACAAUGGCCUGGCUUGCGGUUCAUGCUACGAGCUUAUGUGCACCGGCCCCUACUGCCUCCCUGGCUCGGUCACCAUCACCGCCACCGACUUCUGCCCACCCAACCCCGGCUUGCCCAACGACAACGGCGGUUGGUGCAACCCUCCCCGGCCACACUUUGACAUGGCCGAACCUGCCUACUUACAAAUUGGUGUUUAUCGUGCUGGAAUUGUGCCUGUAAAUUACCGAAGGGUGCCUUGCAGGAAGAAGGGAGGAAUAAGGUUUACAAUUAACGGGCACAUCUUCUUCAACUUGGUGUUGGUGACUAACGUUGGAGGGUUCGGAGAUGUUCAUGCAGUUGCAAUUAAGGGGUCGAGGACCGGGUGGCAACAAAUGUCGCGGAAUUGGGGGCAAAAUUGGCAAAGCAACUCCGUUUUGAAUGGCCAAAGCCUCUCAUUUCAGGUCACCACAGGUGAUGGAAGAACAGUCACCAGCUUCAAUGCUGCACCUUCUGACUGGCAAUUUGGUCAAACUUACGAAGGAGCUCAAUUUUAAAUUUCAAAAUUUCGAAAAAACUUUAUAUUUUUAUAGUUCGAUCUUCUGGUGCAACGGAGUCAACUAAAGGGUAAAAUGGCCCAAGGAGGCUCUAUAGCCGUGGUGGCUGCUACCACCCGCUUAGGCCUAUAUAUUAUAUAUAUGUGUGUCUAUUUAAUCUUUUAAUGAUAUUUAAUUUGAGGGUUAUAUAUAAUUAUAUAAGAUGGGAAGGUUAUAUUUUCACAAAGAUAAGUUAAUUCCUAUGAGAUAUCUUGUAUGACUGAACCUUUAUAUGAGAGAUUUCAAAUUUUUAUUCUCAAUGUACUAAAAACAUAAUUAGUUAGUGGUUGUAAUGAUUAAACAAGUUCACAAUAUGCAAUAGAGUGUGUACUUAAUCCCAAUUUGGUGUGUGGGAAUGAUUGGAACAAUUUAAUAAUAUGAUUUGAAUUAUGUUA